CACCACCCCUACCGAGUGUCGACUGUCGACCUCUCGAUUCUAACGGUCGCCUGCCCAAUAAACCCCCGCAAUCCCCAGAGGCCAGGGAUUCAGGAAAAAAAAACGAUCCCCAAUUCUCCAAUCUGUAUCUCCACAACUGGAGUUCGGUGAAUCGGCCGACGGCGCUGCUCUGGCCAACGCUCAACGCCGGGUCCCUGGGUUGGGCUGGUCGGGUGGCACCUGGGCGGCUGGGGCUGUGGUGUGGUGGCCGGCGGCAGCCAGGAACAGCGGCCUGCGCCAGGCGUCAGGCGAGGAGACAUUUCCGUCAGGGCGCGGAAGACAGCCGCCGUUGGUGAAUGACAACUUUGCAUCUCCUCUCUUCUGCUCCCAGUUCUGCUCGUUCGUCUGUGAGGCAACAAAUCCUAGGGUUUCUGAUUCCAAUCCGCCGCCGAUGCCUGUCGCCAAAGAGCUGGAAGCCGCCCGGCGCGUGGCGACCCUCACCUUGGCGGAGCUCGAGAUCUCCUCUUCGACGUCCCCUCCUUGCUCCAACCUCCCGGCGCUCCUUCGCCGCUGCCUCCGCUUGCUGCCUCUUCUCAACGCGGGCGAUCCAAGGUUAGCGGCUCGAUGCUGCCGUGACCUCCUCGCCUCCCUUCACGCCAUCCUCUCUCGGGAUCCCUCGCCAUCCCUCCUCCCUGCAAUCGAGGCCUUCGCUGAGAGUUUUGUUUCUAGUAAGCAACUGAUGACCUGCUUGGUCAUAGGCACCUAUGCUGCACCGGAAGGAUCAAAGGUGUUCACUGAGGCCCCGCCACGCGAGGAUGAGCACAUCGUGCUUGAACUUGUGUGCCGCCACUUCAUUUCAUCAUUACAGGAUGAGGGAGCAUUUGAGGUGUUUGUGAGUGCACUUUCUUGGUCGGGGAAGGUAUUGCAGCAGACUCCAGAAAUCAGCUUUCAGGGGGCUUUAGUGCUGGUUCAAAGGACCUGCUUCUUCUCGUUGCCGGCUGUUGUACAAGGACAUCUUUUACUGCUCAUGUCAAGAUGCACCCGUGAUCAAAAUCUUAACAUGCAUAUGGUAGCAUUUCAGUAUGCCAUGGAACUUUAUGUCAGAUAUCUACCGACAUUGUGUGUUUUCAACAGAACUGGUGGUGCAAAAGGCCCACAGAAUGAUUUGGACAAGAAAAGACCUUAUAAGAGCUAUAUCAAAGAUACCACAGAGCAGAAACUCAGAAGUCAGAUCGAUUGCCUGCUUUUGUUCUGUAAAUUGCACUCUGGUGAUGAUCUUCCCAUCAGUGUGAGUGAUAUUGGUCGUGUAAUUGAAGAGAACCAGCAUAUGUUUCAUGAAAAGUUCAGGCAACAAUGUACUGUGGAUGUGAAGAGCAUAUUGUCUAGUAUCCUGUGCUGUGCAAAGCAAAAGGAGGUGCUUGAACCUGAUGCUGAAGUAUCAGAUGAGAUUAUUUGCCUUGCUGCAGCACUUAGGGUAAUGGGCUCCUCAAUGCAACACAUCCUGCACCAUUUCCGCCAAAUGAGGUCGGCCGCUGACAAGAAACAUAACAAGGAGUACAAUGUUAUAUAUGAAAUUAUCAGUUCGCUUAGGCAAUAUGAAACAAAUGAGCUUCAUAGAUAUGACCUGGCUAUUACUGGGAAGUGUGUGGACAGAGAAAGUGCCUCAGUGCUAAUGUUUACUCAUUUUGCUACUGUAUCAACUUCUUGUUUAAGAAGGCGGCUUGGCUUCUUGUGGAAAGGUUGUAUUAUCAUGAUGAUGAUGGCCACAAAUCUUAUUGCUGAAGAGGAAAGUUUGAGUACAUUUGAUCUCCCUAUGGAUGUCCCAAAAGAAUCUGCAGUUUUGUGCAAUACCAAAGUGGGGAUCUCAGAGGUUUCUGCUCGGACUAAAGAGAUAAUAUUACGGUAUAAUAGAUUUCGUGAUAAAGGCAGACACUUUUAUGCUGAUGGAAUCAGUUUGGGCACCCCUGAGGAGUGUAAUUCCAGAGUUGGAAAGGCUAAUGGUCAAAGGUUUUUUGAGUGUCAUCCUGAAUAUUCAGGAAACUCAUGGGAUGAUAUACUGGAUUGUGUUGAAUGUGAAGAAGGAAAAGAUUAUUCAAAUGCCUUGAAGCAACAGCAAAAGUUUAAGGUGUUUAAAUAUGGGAUGUGGCUCAACCAGAGACAAGCUAAACGGCAAUCUACCAUGGAUACUUUGGGGCUGAAGUCAAAGAGGCGAACCUCAAUGAGGCGAACCUCAAUGAGGCGAACCUAGAAAUGGACUGUUGCUUAUCUCUUUUAAGCAAAUGUUGGCGCGAUCACCGAGCAAGCAUCCUGUCUGGUUUCACUGCAUCUGCGGAUUUUAUGGAUCUACGGCUUGGCUGGCUUGGCUGGAGUGGAGCGAAGCCUAACAUCUGGUUUCAACUGCUCUGUGUUCCCUAGGUGCUUUCCUGAGAGAAAAUCUGGUUUCACGAGCUCUUUUGUAUUCCCUAGAUGCUUUCCUGAGGAAAGAAAAAAAAUGGUAUUAUCAUCGUGCUAUAGAGCACAUUCGAAGAGAGACGCCUUGCUGUAAUGCUGUCUAUCGUGCCGCUCAAAUCGCUUGAUAAUGGAGAAUGCCGGGAGAUCCCCUCUGUAUAGCUGAAUGUCUGAAUCC